AUGGAAAGAAAGAGAAAAUUACCUGCGAGGUCUUCUCGUGGAAGUGAGUCUGCAAGCAGCAAAAAACGAAAUGCUACACCACCAGAUCCAUCAACUCCAGCAACUCCCCAACCACAAUCUACACCACAACCACCAACUAAAGAAGCUCUACCAAAGAGUAUUGUUACCGGCAUGCCUUUGCCUACAGUCGAUGAGCCCCAAUCUGAGAAUCUUUCUUCCAAAGAAUUUCAAACAAUUUCCGAGAGCGGAGUUCUUGCGGAAUCAUUGCAAAGAUCACGACAGAAAUGGGUCAGCGAAGGUAUAUUUGAGAAAUACUGGACGAAACCGACGAAGAAGAAGGGUGUACCAGGAGAGCCUUUGAACAAUCCAGGAAAAGAUACCAUGACGAAGCUUGGAACUUGUCAAAUAACUAUCGAACCUCACGUAUUCGAUGCUACGAUGUAUGCUGUUAAGGAACCAAAGACCGCCUUUCCUCCUCCCCAACAACAACAACAAAUGUAUCGUCCAAUUAUUCAAUACGGUCCCCCAAAUGGAGUUAUGCCACCUCCUGCUCCCAUACAAGCACCAAAUUCGGUACAACAAAGACCAGUCCAGGCAACACAGCCAACACAGCCAACAACACAAGCGAUGAACUCGAACAAUACUGCGCCAACUGCCCCAAUGGUUUCUACUCCUCUUUCUAUUGGCCAAGCACCAUCGAUGAAUAGCGUUCCAAUGAAUAGACAAGUUCCUGCACAAGGCCCAAGCAAUUCGAAUACUAAUCCACCUCAACCUCCAAACACGAUACCACCUGCGCCCCAGCCAAACAAAAGUACAGAUCCUGUUAUUCAAAUGUUGGCAGAGAGAGCAGCGACCGAUGCCGACCUAAAGGCUCUAAUGAGGAUCGUAGCGAAUGGUGAAGCUUCAGCUGCUGAACUUAAAAAGUUCCAAAAUCACAUUGAUGAGCUGAACCAGUUAUUGAAGGCACGUCAACCUACCGCGCAACCACCCUUCAACUCCAAUUCUCAUCCACCGCCGACACCACCACCUACUGCUCAAUCUAAUGGACCACAAAAUACACCGGUCAUGACUAAACCUGCCACACCUCCAACGCCCGCUCCCGCGCCACCUCAACACCCUCAAGCUCUUCGAUCAAAAGGUCCGGUAGCUCCACCCAAGCCAGACAUUUCGGGUGUUGUUUUCGAGUUCAAUGGAGGUAACGGUGAUCGAUACCUUUUCCCAAAAUACAGCAUCCUUGACUAUCUUCCCGGCGGCCAAGUCAUAGCCUCAUUCCUCAUUGCCCGUAAAGGCAGCAGUAGUGACUCCCGUUCAUAUGAUCCUCAACUUGAUUACUACCAACCAGUUACGAUGCGUCUUUACGCACAUCAAGGUAAACAACUCGACUCAUUACAAAAAGUGGUUGCCUCCCCGGACGAGGUUCGAAGAUAUAUGGAUGACAUCAUGGAUAAUAUGACAAGAGCCGAAUAUGUUCUACUGGCUAUGCGUCUACCAAAGAAUUCCGAGCCUGAAAAGGAAGGUACACCUACAAGCUCAUCGGACCAGCUAGAAAUGGACGCCAACAAUUCUAAUCUGCCACAUUGGCAAACUACAAAUGAGCCACCUCCUCCACCCGUAGCAAGAAUACCACCUUCGAAAAGACUUCUUACCGAAGAAGAAAAAUAUCAAUCUUUCAUUACAUCAGUGUCAUAA